AUGCAGUUCUUCGCCACCACCCUUCUUUCUCUUGCAGCUACCACCCUCGCUGCUCCAUCUGUGGCUCCUCGUGGCCUCGAUAUUGGAUCAUGCUGCGCGACCACAGAGGGCGGCACCAUCCUCACUCGAUGUGUCGGCUUUGACCCAUCUGACGCAGCCACUGUCGCUCGUCGUGGUGUUGGCACAUUGGCGACGGGCGAGACUGGCAAGCUCCUUGCUCGAUGCUCCCGCAGCGUCGAUACUUCGUCCCCUCUGGCAGCCCGUGGCCUAGAUAUCGGAUCUUGCUGCGCGACCUCGGAGAACGGCAAGAUCAUUACUCGAUGUGUCGGCUUCGAUCCUUCCAACGCCGCAACGGUCGCCCGCCGUGGCGAUCUACCCGUUGGAGCUUGUUCAGCGGUCGAUACCAACGGCAACCUGAUCUCUUCUGAUUCCAACGCUGCCACUGUUGCUUAG